CCAGAUGAAGAAGUUCGCAGUACAUUGAGUACGCUGCUGCCUCUCAGCGUACGGAGCAGCAUCUAGUGGACCGGUCUUUCCAUAAAAUUAUUGUAUAUUCUUUUAUGAUAGCGUGGUGUUGUUUCUGCUACAGUAAUAGUUAUUUAGAAUUUUUCACAAGGACCACUGAAGGAAACCCGAGAAGAAGCCGAGGACGUGAGAGCAGAGUUUUAACCAACAAUCCCUUUGGUCUGCCUUCGCUCUGCUUGUUAGCAAUUUGCCAAGAGAGUCGUUUUCUGCGGUCCGAGGAAACAUGAGCUUUCUUUUUGGAAACCGUUCAUCCAAGACGUUCAAGCCCAAGAAGAAUAUCCCCGAGGGAUCUCACCAGUACGAGCUGUUGAAACAUGCAGAGGCUACACUGGGAAGUGGAAACCUGCGCAUGGCAGUCAUGUUGCCCGAGGGUGAAGACUUAAAUGAGUGGGUCGCAGUCAACACUGUGGAUUUCUUCAACCAGAUCAACAUGCUGUAUGGCACCAUCACAGAUUUUUGCACGGAGGAAAGCUGUCCAGUCAUGUCUGCUGGUCCUAAGUAUGAGUACCACUGGGCAGAUGGAACCAACAUCAAGAAGCCUAUCAAAUGCUCUGCUCCCAAGUAUAUUGAUUACCUCAUGACCUGGGUGCAAGACCAGCUCGAUGAUGAGACACUUUUCCCUUCCAAGAUCGGUGUCCCCUUUAAGCGAAACUUUAUGUCAGUGGCGAAGACCAUCCUGAAGCGCCUGUUCAGAGUCUACGCUCACAUCUACCACCAGCACUUUGACUCUGUCAUGCAGCUGCAAGAGGAGGCCCACCUCAACACGUCAUUCAAACACUUCAUCUUUUUUGUUCAGGAGUUCAACCUCAUUGACAGGAAAGAGCUGGUCCCACUUCAAGAGCUGAUUGAAAAACUGACAACCAAGGAUAGAUAAAUAGCAACCUAAUCCUAAUUCUAUCGGUCUUCUAGUUUUUGCACAGAUACCCACCCCACCCUGGCUGUAUGUAUGCAGUAUAUACUAUAUUUCCAUUUGGGGAAAUGUUUUUAAUAAGGCCAGGAAGAAGGAAGGGUUUUGAUAGGUUUAAGGCACCAGGACUAAUGCAAUCAGGGAUUACACACUUAAUUGAACAAACCACAGAUUAAACGUAUUGGAGAAGAUGGAUUUAGCUGUACAGAAAGAUCCCCAGUAUUCAGUCAGGGCUGACAUUUAGGAUAAUAGAGAUAUAUGUUCAAUAGUUUUCUAUUACACUGCACAGACUUCUUUUGUUUCCCUUUGAUUCACAGCAACAGGAGGCAUUUCCUUGCUCUUAGAUUCCCAUUUCCAGCUCACCCGGAGGAAGAAAGAAUAUUGUGUGAUCAAAGUUUCUGUAUCAUUACAGGAGGGUUUUCAUGGUGUCAUGGCGAGGAUUUAAGCCAGCCUUUCAGCCAGUUUCACGGCAGUAGCUAGUUAUUAUGUUCAGCAAUCUACAUAGAAGGAUUUGGGUUGCAGUCCACUACGUCAGUAAUAGCCCACAUCUGUCACUACAGAAAGAAACCCUAAGUGCCUAGCACGGCUCAUAAUUGCCCUAUAUCAACAGUGAGAACUGUAAGAAGAUAAAGGCCAUCUACCGCUAACUUUACUGAGAAAAUAUUAAUUUUUCCACGCCUCCUCCUUUUAGGUUUCUGUGGUUAUUAGUUGUCUCUUACAGCCCUUUUCUUAUUAUACUGUAACUUUGUUUGAAAAUUAUACUUCUCAUUAACCCUUACCCUUAUUUAGUCAUUAAGUCUCUUUACCAAGUGUUCAUUGCAGGUUAUGAUGAUGAAUGAAUGUGUUAAAGGACAUAGAAGUGAGGCUAGAAUCUUGUCAUGUUGUAGCAGGGACUAAAAAUGAACUAAACGUUUAGGUUUUACUCGUCAUAUGUUCUCUGUAGGUUCCCCCCCAGAACUUGGAAGUAGAAACACAUUUUUAGGAAAAGCUCUUGAAGGGAACUAAAACCUUAAGUUGUAAAUACGUGUUUGCAGAUAGAAGUAGAGCUUAAAGCCACAACCGCCACUGCUUGAAAAUACAAGCAUUUUGAAUCGGAUUGCGCCGCGUCCCUCGUUCUCUCACGAGCCAUAAAGCACUUUGAACAAUUUUCCUGACCUCUCUUGCCUGAAUGUUGGUUUUACAUAGGCCGUGCUUUUGUGAGAAGUCGAAUCACGUGACUGAUCAUACUUUUCCCCUCUCAUAUGCCCCCCCCUGCCCCACCCGCCCAAUGAAUGUUGAAUUGCUUAAUCUCUGCUGAAAUUGGCUAUAAGGCACAAGUGAGAUUUCUUAUGCUUUUUUACAGUCUGAGUGGUUUUGGUGUUGUGCUUCAAAACAGCAGAUGCAUGUGCCCUCCCCAGUCUCAAAGUGUAGUUUACUAUGCAAUAAUUCACAUGAAACACUAAAAGGGUUACCAGUCGGCUCAUUCAUACUUUAUCUGCCAUUAAUAUUACUUUAUAGUGCAUAAAUUCUGGUGUAUGAUGUUAAUGGAACUGCUUUUCUUUCAGGUUUGGUUUCAAAAACAGUGACAUGAUGAACAUUUUAUAUAUCUUGUCAGAAAUUUGUUGGAGAGGUGUAAUACUUCAAUGCACACAUGUAAAUACUGAGGGUUAGACCUGUCUUAAAAAUAAUUUUCAGCGAGCAUGGAGUGGUAGUUUUUUUUGUUUGAAGAAUGCAUCGAGUCUUUUUAGAGGCUGCUUCCCCUCCCUCAUUUGGAUAUUAAAAUAUUGUUUGUUUUAGCUGUUGAGUAUCUUUCUCCACUUCCUUAGCUAGCUGUUCUGAAUGUUACUGCUCACCAGAUAUCUGCAAAUGUAAUAGAAAAACAGUCAUCCUUAAAGCAUCUCAUCCUUAUGAAAUGCCCGUAACAUAGCCUAUUGCCUACGUUUUUUUCCCUCUUUGACUGUAAUAAUUGAUGAAAUGUUUGUAAAUAAAGGCUUGGUAGGGGGUUUUCAAUGCUACUGAAUUGAUUUAUGCUGUUUACAAGGCAAAUAAAGGUGGUCUUGACUCUUUGAA